AUUACUGUAUUACAAAAGACAUUAGGCCCUAAUUAAUGAACUGAUGAACGUUACUUUAAGAAAUGGAAAUUGUAUGCCCUUUGUUGGAUUAGGGACAUUUAAAAUCAGAGGAAAAGAAGAUGUUUACAGGACACUGAAAGCAGCUUUAGAAACAGGAUACAGAUCAGUAGACACAGCUGCAGUUUACAGAAAUGAAGCUGAGAUUGGUCAGAGCCUUCAUGAACUGUUACCUACCAAUCAGCUGAAGAGAUCUGACAUUUUUAUAACCAGCAAACUUGGACCCAAGGACCAGGGAGAAGGGACCUGUUAUUCUGCCUGUCUGAAAUCUCUCUCCAGUCUGGGAUGUCAAUAUCUAGAUCUUUACCUCAUACACUGGCCAGGAACCCAGGGGAAGAAGCCAGAUGACUCGGGUCAGUGUGAGCUACGCCUCGGUAGUUGGAAGGAUCUGAUACAGUUACAAAAGGAGGGUAAAGUAAAAAACAUAGGAGUUUCAAAUUUCCUCAAGCAUCACAUACAGGAAUUGUAUGACAAAACAGGGGUCUAUCCAGAGGUGCUCCAGACAGAGCACCAUCCACAUCUUGUUCAGACCGAUUUGAUCCAGUUCUGUAAGGAAACUGGUAUCUUUUACCAGGCUUACUCCUCAUUAGGAACAACCACUCAGGACAACCAGAUUUUAACAGACCCAGUUGUUCUGGAAGUGAGUAGAAAACUAAAGAAAAGUGUGUCUCAGAUUUUACUGAGGUGGGCAGUCCAACAGGGGAUAGGUGUUCUGCCAAAGUCAUGUAACCCAAAGCAUAUUCAGGAAAAUAUAGACGUUUUCUCUUUUCAAAUUCCGGAAGAAGACAUGCACUCAUUAAAUUCAUUGAACAGAGGAAGACAUUAUUGUUGGAACCCAAAAGAUAUUGUUUGAAUAAAACAUUUUUUUUUAGUAUA